AUGGUAGAACUUUCAGGCUCCAUCAAAGAACAAGCUAAAAUAACUUUUCAAUAUCAAGAUAAACUUCCAAAAUUACCUAUACCUCCUUUAGAAGAGACACUUGAACGAUACCUUUCUACUAUUAAACCACUUCAGAGAGAAAAGGAUCAUCAACAAUCCAUUGAAGUAGUUCAACAAUUCCUUCAAAAUGAAGGUCCUCUACUUCAAGAAAAUCUUAAAAAAUAUGAAUCAGAUAAAUCAAGUUAUAUAGAAGAAUUUUGGUAUGAUUCCUACCUUAACUAUACUGAUUCUGUAGUAUUAAAUCUAAAUCCAUUUUUUGUCUUGGAAGAUGAUCCAACUCCUGAUAGAAAUGAUCAAAUUAUGAGAGCUGCUUCAUUGAUUCUUUCCUCAUUAACAUUUAUUAAUGCUUUGAGAACAGAAACCCUUAAGCCUGAUUUAUUCAGGGGCACCCCUCUUUGUAUGUCUCAGUUUCAACGGUUAUUUGGUACAGCUCGUUUGCCAACUGAAACUGGAUGUAAAAUGCACAAUGAUCCUAAUUCUCAUCAUAUCAUUGUAUUAUGUCGUGGUCAAUUCUAUUGGUUUGAUGUUUUAAAUCAAAAUAAUGAAGUUGGUAUUAAUGAAAAAGCUUUAAUUGCAAAUCUUAAAACAAUAAAACAAGAUGCUCUUGAAGUACCUACUGUGGAGAUUGCAAAACAUGCUAUUGGAAUUCUAUCUACUGAAAAUCGUCGUAGAUGGGCACACUUGAGAAAUAUUUUGGAAAAUUCUUCUGAAAACAACAGGAAGGGUUUAAAGUUACUUGAUACAGCUUUAUUUGUUGUUUGUUUGGAUGAAGGAAGUCCCUUGUCUGGUGAUGAGGUUGCUACAAAUAUGCUUUGUGGAACUUAUGAUAUCAAAGAGGGUGUACAGGUUGGUACUUGUGCCAAUCGUUGGUAUGAUAAAUUACAAAUAAUAGUAUGUGAAAAUGGUUCAGCUGGUGUUAAUUUUGAACAUACUGGUGUUGAUGGUCAUACUGUUCUACGCUUUGUUGGUACUUGUGCCAAUCGUUGGUAUGAUAAAUUACAAAUAAUAGUAUGUGAAAAUGGUUCAGCUGGUGUUAAUUUUGAACAUACUGGUGUUGAUGGUCAUACUGUUCUACGCUUUGUAUCAGACAUAUUCACUGACACAAUUUACCGUUUUGCGGAUUCUAUUGUUGGAAAUAGUUCUCGCAGCAACAAACAUCAUAAUGGUAAAACCUCUAAUAUUGACACAACACCAAAAAAACUUGAAUGGACAUUGACUUCUGAAGUUCGUACUGGAAUUAGAUUUGCUGAAACAAGAUUAAGUGAUCUUAUAUUACAAAAUGAAGUUAAAGUAUUAAAGUAUGAUGGAUAUGGAAAAAGCUUCAUUACAAGUUGUCAUAUGAGUCCUGAUGGUUUUGUUCAGAUGGCCUUUCAAGCUGCUUAUUAUGGCAUGUAUGGUUUGAUUGAGACUACAUAUGAACCUGCUAUGACUAAAGCAUUUCUUCAUGGUCGUACUGAAGCCAUUCGUUCAGUCACUACUGAUUCUGUUGACUUUGUAAAACUUUGGUGGACUGAAGCUUCUACUACUGAAAAAAUUAAGGCACUUCGAAAAGCCAUUGAUUCUCAUGUAAAAUUGACAAAAAAGUGUUCACAAGGGCUUGGUCAAGAUAGGCAUUUGUAUGCACUUGAAUGUGUUUGGCAAAGAGAAUCCAAUGCUUCUGAUGUAGGAAGUGAAAAAUUGCCUGCCAUAUUUAAAGAUAAUGGCUGGCAAGUGCUUAAUCAUACAGUGAUUAGUACAAGUAAUUGUGGUAAUCCAGCUUUAAGAUUGUUUGGAUUUGGUCCUGUAGUGGCAGAUGGAUUUGGUAUUGGAUAUAUUAUUAAAGAUGACAAAAUUGCAUUUUGUGCAGCUUCUAAGCAUAGGCAAACACGUAGAUUCCUUGAUACAUUAGAAAAUUAUCUUAAUGAUGUACAGUGUUUGCUUUUAAAUGAAAGACGUAUUCCUAAUUACAAAAAUGAAGAGAAUGUUAGUAUGCUUUCAGGUUAUGGCUAUUUUGAUGCUGGUGGAGUUGAUCAAUUAAUUGAAGAUCGAUUAAAUAAGUUAUUGGGCUUAUCUUAUUAUUGCCUUUAG